AUGACGUCAGUUAAUAAUAUAUCGAAAAUUUGUGCUACAUGUCGAAAAGGUGGUGAUGUAUUUAUGUGUCGUGGAUGUCGACAAACAUUUUGUGCUAAACAUGUUGAUGAACAUCGUAAAAAACUUUCAAAAGAAGUCGAUAAACUUGCUGAAGAACAUGAAUUAUUAGGACGUAAUAUGAUUCGUGAUAGUGAAGUACAACUUCUUGUUUCUAUUAUUGAUACAUGGGAACAAGAAUCAAUUGCAAGAAUUAAUCUUGCUGCCGAAACUGCUCGAACGGAUUUACAAAAAUGGAUUGAUCGAAAUAAUAUUGAAGUUAAAAUUCCAUUUGAAAGAAUAACAAAUGAAGUUCGAUCAUGUCAACAAGCUGAUGAUUAUACUGAAACUGAUCUUAAAAGAUGGAUUCAACAAUUAGAAGAAUAUCGAAAUAAAAUGGAAAAAUUACCUAUUCUUGAUUUGAUAGACGAAGAAGAAAAUACAGAAAAUAUUCAUCUCAUUAAAUUAAAAGAAAGUCAUGAAGAAUCAAAAGAAUUUGGUUCUACUACUAAUAAUUCACAAUUUACAUUUGAACAAAGUAUGAUUAGUUUUCAAGAACCAACACUUCUUGUUCGUGAAAGAUUUGAUGAUGUUAAUGGAAUAGCUACAGUAUCAGAAGAUGGUCUAUUAGCAACAUAUUCAGGACCAUGGUUAGGUCAUUCUGGUAUAUGUGGUAUUAAUCUUUAUUCAUCAGGAACACAUCAUAUUCGUUUUCGUCUCUUAGAAAAAUUUUAUGAUCCACCAUUUUU